CUGUCGACAACGAACGACGGCAUAUUGAAUCGCAGCGCCAGCCUUCCAUACGGGGUAAGCGGAGGACAUUUUUACUUCGUUCAUCUACCGCAUGGCGUCAUGAAACAUCGUCGCAUGAAACUUUUUACGGUGGUCCACUGGUGGCCGUGCCGUUCAGAGCGUCCCUUGCCUGAUGCCAUCGCACCCAGCCAGCAUUCCAAGCGCACCAUUUAUGCGUUCCUCUGAAGUUUGAAGCACCUUCAAUAUCAGGACAAGUGGACAUUCCUUAGCUGCCAAAAAAGCGUGCGCGCACCCCAUGUGAGCAUGCCCUUGUCCUUCCUUACUGCCGAUCUUGGUCUUUUCGCUUCAGCCAAGGGAGCAGAUAGACGGUGGCUAGGAACAAACAUAUAAGAGGCAAAUGCCGGCUUCUAAGUAGAUUGCUCGGGCGUGCCUGGACUUCGUUGUGCUCAUCAUCGUUCCUUUCCACAUAUAUCUCUCUGGAGAGAUAAGGUGCCUCGUUACGUUCAUUUCUCCCCCCAUCCUCGUGCUUUCGGUUUUCCUCGAGGGAAUUCGUCUGUCAUUGUUGAGGCGCCCGAUUUCCGAUCAAUCGUACUUUCAUUGUACCACGAAACGACACGGACGCAUCAAGAAUAUCUUCAUAUUCCGAGUUCAACAUGAACAAAUUCACCUUCAUGGCCUUCAUGGCCAUUCUGGCUUAUGUUUGCGCAUUGCCAAUCACACCGGCAGCACCUCGACUUGCGCGACGCGCGGAGGGAUUCAGACUGCAGGGUUUGAAAGAGCACGAGAUUGCUGCCAAGCUUGCACUCCCCACGACGGAGAUUGAUUCGUCAGAAAAGCUUCUUCCUCAACCGAUCACGCUUUCCGACUGGCUGUCUACGCUUAUCCGCCACGACAACGAAAAGGAAGAUGAUGACGAUCACUCAGGCGACAUUGCUCCCGGAUCACUCGCGGCCCCAGAGAUAUUGCCACAUGCUGUGAAGCUAGACACUGCCGUCUUCUCGAGAAUCCUUGCUGCCGUACGAGGAAAGCAAGUCGAAAAUGAGUACGGCUACGAGGGCAAAGAACUGGAAUUGCGGCGGCCAACUGGCAUGAGGCAUUGGGGUUCGCACGACAAGUGGAGACUCUUUUGA